AUGGCUACAAACGAGAGCAUUGACGACCAGUAUAAACCUUUGAAGGUAUUGAUAGCUGGUGGUGGAAUUGGGGGCUUAUCAGCGGCUAUUUUUCUGCGGCAAGCAGGACACAUUGUAGAGAUAUUCGAACAGUCUCGAUUGGCAUCUGAAACUGGUGCAGCAAUAACCGUUCCAAGCAAUGUCAACGGCCUUUUACGAAGAUUUGGAAUGGUACCGGAGGAUCAUGGAGCAAAUCUGCACGAGUGGAUGACUGAAUAUCGACCGAACGGCGAAUUGGUAUAUUCCAGAGAUUUCAGACCCCUAUCUAAGGGCUAUCCAUACCCGUCUCAGCUCAUUCAUCGAGUGGAUCUUCAUAGUGCCAUGAAAAAUAUUGCUACCGGCAAAGAAGGCAAGGGAUUUCCCGCAAUUCUACAUACUAGAAGUAGUGUUACGUCUGUUGAUGCCGAAGCUCCGUCUUUGACUUUGGAUGAUGGAUCUACGCACACUGGCGAUUUCAUAAUCGCUGCCGAUGGUAUUCAUUCAAGGAUUAGAGCUUCCCUUGUGAAGGACCACCCACCACCGGAGUCGUCUGGAGCCAGCGCUUUCAGAUUCUUGAUUCCCAUCGAUGAAAUUCGAGCAGAUCCCAAGACUGCGCAUUUCGUUGAAAAGAGGGGAGCAAUGCUUCUUUUUUAUGGAAAAGACCGGAGGAUAGUUGCUUAUCCUUGUAGAAACAACACUUUGUUGAAUCUUGUGGCAAUGCACCCCGAAGAGGAAACGGAAGCUAGUUCCGAAGAAUGGAGUCAAAGUGCAUCCAAAGACUCGAUGUUAGGUUGUUACACCUCAUUUGCAGACGAUAUUCGCGCCUUGCUUGCCAAAGCUGCCCCCGAAGGUAUCAAGCUAUGGAACUUGCUGGACCACGAUGAGCUGGGAAGAGAAAACUGGGUUCACGGUAAAGUGGCACUUCUUGGAGAUGCGGCUCACGGGUUUCUCCCGCAUCAAGGACAAGGCGGUGCUCAAGCAAUAGAGGACAGCGCCGCCAUUGGUGCUUUGUUCCCAUUGGGUACUCAAUCGUCUGACAUCCAGCAACGUCUGAAACUUUAUGUCCAAGCAAGAUAUGAUCGUGCUACGCUUGUUCAAGAUUUCACUCGGCAAGCUGCAUUCCAAACGCCUCGUGGAAAGCAUGGAGGAAGAGUUACGGAUCCCAUGCAAUUUAUGCAGACGAUUUUUUCUCAUGAUGCGUACGAUCAUGCGCAUGGCAUUUUACUCCGCGAGUUGAACAGAAGUGCUCUGUAUCGAAGGAUGCCAGUGUCCUUUGGACCUAACCCAGGUCCAAGACAGAACUUGAACGGAAAACCACGAAAGCCUUUGAAAGCCACAUAUAAAACAAGUUAUAUCACCUUCAAAACUUACAAGAGCUAUCUAUCGACACUUUUGCCAUCUGACGAUUUCCAGAUAGUGACUGAGGAUAUGUGGGCGACUGCCACGUUCUCAACCACACGUUUAGGAAAUCUGGAGUGGCUGGGUGGUCGAGGGUACUCGAUGUUCGGAUUAUACGUUCAUAAUGUCGUACACAAAGGUCCGUCAGAGACCGGUUCGGAUGCUGCGACUGAAUUGAAAGGUGAUCUACUACCGGUUCUCUUCGAAAACAUGGCCGAUCCAAUCAUCACCGGCCGAGAAGAAUUGGGCUUCUCAAAGGUCUUUGCAACACUGGAUGAAAAGGCUGAAUCGACCUCAUCUUUCAUGUUGAGUGCUGGUUGGGAAGGUACUGAAUUUUGUCGUUUAACCCUGAAUGAUUUGGAGGAGACUCCAGAUGCCGACUCGGUUCUUCAGACCCCUGUUAUGCACUAUAAAGUGAUUCCAUCGAGUAUGAACAAAGGACAAGAUGCAGACUACGCGACUAUUUACCCUUCAAUACCGAGCGCAGAAGGAGAAAAGAGAUGGAAGGCUGGGAAAUCAGAGAUCGUGUUCACGGACUUGGAAGAUAGAGAACUGGAAAUGACGUUUCCAACGUUAACGAACAUAAUCAAGGGUCUAAGGAGUGUUAAAGUGGUGGAGGUGAUCAAAUCGGGAAUUCAGGCUUCGGGAUGA